UUUAUUUUCAGCUGACUUGACCGGAUUAGAUGCAUUUAUCGUUUUAUUUUUUUGAAAAGUCGUCUUUAUUCAUAUAGGCCUACUUUUCUUCAUCGAGUAAAGUUGGAAGGAUCAAACAUGGAUAAUCGUAAAGCCUUAAAGAGGGUUCUAAAACCGGUGAUUGAAAAGAAGAGGCGAGAUAGGAUAAAUCAACGCUUGGAUGAGCUAAGGACUAUUCUGCUAAGCAACACUUCUGACAUGCGGCUGAAAAAUCCAAAGUUAGAAAAAGCUGAAAUUUUAGAGUUGACCGUCGAUUACAUACGAAGAAAAACAAAUGGGAACGACAGCAAAGCCUUCUCAGAAAAUUCCAUGAAAGAGUCCUCUGCUCCAGUGACUAGUGCUGUGAGUUCCCAAAGGACAGGCCCCAUACACAAGCAAACACAGCCCCCACCCAACCCUGUCUACAGUGCAGGUUUCACAGAGUGCAUAUCCCGCCUGGGCAACUACAUCGACAGCGUGGACCCCUCCCAGAGAGAGAGCUUUGUCCAGGGACUAAGGGAUCACCUGGAUACCCACAGCGCCUGCCCUCUGGGGAGGGUGCAGAGCCAGACCUUCCCCCUGGACCUCCAGCCCUGGGGCCCUGCAGCAGAAGGAUCAUGCUUCCUGGGCAGAGUGCAAAACAGGAAGGACAGCACAGUGAUGGGGCAUCAACGAGCCAGCAGGGAAGCCACUUUUCCAUAUAUCAACACCUCUCUUCCCAUCUAUCCCAACACCUUUGUGCUCCACCACCCCCACCCUACCCAACACCUCUCACACCCAUACCCAUCUCCCCCUUACUCCCUCUCACCCCCACCCUCCCCCUGUUACUCAAACUCCUCGCCACCUUUCACCACUACCCCUCCAUACCUCUCCAUGCCCUGCCACUUCCCCUUCCCUCCUUCUCCCUCUCAACGUCCAUCAGAUUCCUUGUCAUCCUUCUCUCAAACUACAUCUCCGCCCGUGGUGCCUCUGGUACCAGCCCAUCCUUCCCUGGUGUCCAGUCCCCCCACCCCUCUACAUCUCUCUGGCCCUGUGCCCGUCGGCCCAACAAGGACUCUGAGGCGGUCACUAUUUCAGAUCCAGCCCCAGGUAGUAUGGAGGCCCUGGUCCUGAUAUGCGGAGGAGAAGGGUGAUUGAAAUCCACACAGGACACAUACAGGUGUCCACAAUAUGUGUUCUGAGAGCAUCUUUACGGAAACCUAGCCACCCAGAUCAUCAUGGCACACAUUCAGGACAACAUUCAUCUUUCCUAUCAAGAAGCGUGUGUUGAGGGCCAGCUAAGAGAGAAAGAUGUGGAGGUCAAGGACAAUCAUACGUUUUCUGAAAACCUGUCACUGUCACUUUAAAAGGCCUGUUUAACAGACUGAAGAAUUCUCUGUUAUAUAACAUUUUCUUCAGAGCUUACUUUGUAGAAUGCCUGGAGUUUCUCUUUGUUUUCUUGUCUUGGACAAUGGAUUUCUUCUUUUACAUUCCUAUACAGUUAUUCCCUGUCUCCGGUUCUUUCCUAAAUU